UUUUCCUUGGAGUUCUUUAGAGGUAUUGGGUACAGUUCUUGGAAGAUUAUGAUUAUUUUGAGAUUUGACUAUUAGAAUUUUGUUUCAGUGCACAAAUCAAAAGUGGUAGGAGAUUGAGGUUUUGUGUACUGCUUUGAAUUGGAAUAAAGAAGUGUAAUUUUAGUGGCAUUGAUAGCCAUGUGUUGGAGUUUUAUCUUCAGAGAACUUAAUAAAACGAUUAUGCCUCAAGUUAUGGUGAGCAUGUUAUGAUGAAGUGAAGUAUGAGGCUAAACUUGAAGUUAGGCAAGCAGAUGGGAAAGAAAAAUAGAUGUUUCUAGAGAAGCUGAAUAUGGUACAGACAGUGGAUUAGGAGGAAGAGUGGGAAAUAGCAUUCGCAUGUGGGCAAACAUCAACCCAAAUCUAUUACUUUUUGGGUUUCUGCCUGCUCUUCUUUUUGAGAGCUCCUUUGCUAUGGAAGUGCACCAGAUAAAAAGAUGCAUGGCGCAAAUGGUGUUGCUUGCUGGGCCUGGUGUUCUAAUUUCUACCUUUUGUCUUGGAGCAGCUUUAAAGUUGACUUUUCCCUAUGGCUGGACUUGGAAGAUAUCUUUGUUGCUAGGAGGCCUUCUCAGUGCUACAGAUCCUGUUGCUGUAGUAGCUUUACUUAAAGAACUUGGAGCAAGUAAAAAGCUAAAUACAAUUAUUGAAGGAGAAUCCUUGAUGAAUGAUGGGACUGCCAUUGUUGUGUAUCAGCUCUUCUAUAAAAUGGUAAUUGGAGAAAGCUUGAAUGUAGGAGGCAUAGUGAAAUUUUUGUCACAAGUUACCCUUGGAGCUGUUGCUAUUGGUAUAGCUUUUGGAAUAGUAUCUGCAUUGUGGCUCAGCUUUAUCUUCAAUGACACUGUCAUUGAGAUUACUUUGACUCUUGCUGUCAGUUACAUUGUUUACUAUACUGCUCAAGAUGGGGCUGAAGUUUCAGGUGUCUUGGCAGUGAUGACAUUGGGCAUUUUCUAUGCUGCAUUUGCAAGGACUGCCUUCAAAGGUGAUGGCCAGAAAAGUUUGCAUCAUUUUUGGGAAAUGGUUGCGUACAUCGCUAAUACAUUGAUUUUCAUUUUGAGUGGGGUGGUUAUAGCCGAGGGUGUGUUGAACAAUUACAACCACUUUGAACGACACGGGUCUUCCUGGGGCUACCUCAUUUUGCUCUAUGUUUUUGUUCAACUUUCUCGGAUCAUAGUCGUGGGGUUAUUAUAUCCAUUUCUGUGUUAUUUUGGCUAUGGUUUGAACUGGAAAGAAGCAAUUGUACUUAUUUGGUCAGGAUUGCGAGGGGCUGUGGCUCUUGCUCUGUCACUUUCAUUUAGAAGUUCUAGUAACAGCUUCAACCAAGCUUAUCUCAGUCGAGAAGUAGGAAUUUUGUUUGUUUUCUUUACGGGUGGGAUUGUAUUCUUGACACUCAUUGUUAAUGGUUCGACUGCACAGUUCUUCAUACAUCUGUUUGACAUGGACAAACUCUCAGCAACAAAGAUUCGCAUUCUAAAUUAUACCAAGCAUGAGAUGUUAAACAAAGCAUUGGAAGCAUUUGGUGGUCUUGGUGAUGACGAAGAACUUGGACCUGCUGAUUGGCCCACUGUGCAAAGACAUAUCACUUGCUUGAAUGACUUGGAUGGGCAACGGACACAUCCUCAUAAUGUUUCUGAAAGUGAGAAUCAUCUACAAAACAUGAAUUUGAAAGACAUACGUAUACGGCUUUUAAAUGGCGUGCAAUCAGCUUACUGGGGAAUGCUUGAAGAGGGUAGGAUAAACCAGACGGCUGCAAAUCUUUUGAUGCAAUCUGUUGAUGAGGCAAUGGAUUUGGUCUCUAAUGAGGCUUUAUGUGAUUGGAGGGGUUUAAAACGCAGUGUGCAUUUACCAAGUUACUAUAAAUAUCUUCAUAUAAGCAGAAUCCCUCAAAGGCUGGUUACCUAUUUUACCGUGCAAAGGUUGGAGUCAGCAUGCUAUAUCUGCGCUGCAUUUCUUCGUGCUCAUAGAAUUGCAAGGAGGCAACUUCAUGAAUUUAUUGGUGAUAGUGAGAUUGCUUCUUUUGUCAUCAAUGAAAGCACUGAAGAAGGGGAGGAAGCCAGGAGGUUUUUGGAAGAUGUCCGUUCUUCAUUUCCUGAGGUCCUUCGUGUUGUGAAGACAAGACAAGUAGCAUACUCAAUAUUAAAGCAUCUGAGUGACUAUGUGCAAAAUCUCCAGAGUGUUGGACUGCUAGAGGAAAAGGAGGUGGUUCAUCUUGACGAUGCUGUACAGACUGAUUUAAAGAAGCUUUUAAGAAAUCCACCUUUAGUCAAAAUGCCAAGGAUAGGUGACUUAAUGAGUGCCCAUCCCAUGCUGGGGGCACUACCUUCUUCUGUUCGUGCACCUCUUGAAAAUUGUACAAAAGAAACAAUGAAAUUCCGUGGUGUAGCACUUUACAAGGAGGGGUCAAAGCCAAAUGGGAUAUGGCUUAUUUCUCUUGGAGUGGUUAAGUGGGAAAGCAAAGUUCUUAAAAACAAGCAUGCACUGCAUCCAACAUUUACCCAUGGAAGUACACUAGGUCUGCACGAAGUGUUAAUUGGAAAACCGUAUAUCUGUGACAUGAUCACAGAUUCUGUGGUACACUGUUUCUUUAUUGACACCGAGAAGAUACUAUCACUUUUUAAAUCAGAUCCUGCAAUUGAAGACUUUCUUUGGCAGGAAAGUGCCAUUGCCAUAUCUAAAAUCUUGUUCCCCCAAAUAUUCGAAAAAAUGGGAAUGCCAGAAUUGAGAAGUCUUGUUGCCGAAAGAUCAACAAUGAAGAAUUACAUUAGUGGAGAGGCUAUAGAAAUAAAACCAAAUUUUGUUGGCUUCUUGUUAGAGGGAUUUUUAAGGCCCAAAGGAUCAAAACAGGAAUUGAUUGCAUCUCCGGCAGCAUUGUUUCUAUCCUUCACGGAUCUAAGUUCUUCCUCUCUGGAUUCGUCAGGUGCCAACAAUUCAAGCUUCUGUCAUCAGGGUUCCUGGUAUCAGGUCGAAACAAGAGCCCGUGUCAUCUUCUUCAAUAUUGGAUCAACUGAGGCUGAAGGUGCUCUUCAAAGGAGAUCUUCAUUGGUCUCCCAGUCGAUGGAACCUUCACGAACCCAUAGUAGAGAGCGUGCUGGUCUAUUAAGCUGGCCGGAGAGUUUCUAUAAAGCUCGGAGCCAUCUUCAAAGUCCUAAUGAAAAUGAUAAGAAAUCAAAUAGUCUGUCAGCUAAAGCCAUGGAACUGAGUAUCUAUGGAAGCAUGGUGAAUGACAUCCUUAGGCGCAAUAAGAACUUCCGUAGGAACUCUCAAGGCCAACCUUCUCACAGCUAUUCAUACCCGAGAGUUCCUUCAAGACCGUCAAACGCACAGCCUCUUUUAUCUGUUCAAUCCGAAGGAGGCAGUCUGAAUGUAAGGAUAGGCUCAAGAGAUUAUUCCAGAUUGGCUCCACUCCCUCCGUUGCCAGUUAGAAAGCGGAAAAAGAAGGUUGUCCAGGAUGAAUCCAGUGAUGAAUCUGGAGGUGAAGAAAUUAUCGUCAGAAUUGAUUCACCCAGUACUCUUUCAUUUUGUCAAACUUCCGAAAGCUUGUUCCCUCCGAACGAAGGUUCAUGACAAUCAAUUUCUCUGUUGUGCGUGCCUAAUAAUUCAGCGAUUGGUGUUUUAUUUGCUUACACCCGUCAGAUUUAUGUAUUGAAUUUGUAAACAAAGAAACAAAGCUUUGCAAGAGCAGAAGUAUACGAAAGAUUCCGGAACAGCAGCAGGUGCGAGGCUUAUUGGCUCAAACUCAGCUUCAAUAUAUAAUCAUGUUAUAAUUUUGAUUUUUGUAACGAUGAUUUGAAGUUGUUGAAUGGAAUGUAUGUUGUGAAUAACAAGCCCUGCCUGGCACAUGAAAAGCAACAAACGUUGUAUGUAAUUGUACCUUUAUUUCUUCUCUCGUGAGAAUGAUAAAUAAUGUUGCUGUUGUAUUUC